GCUGUUUACCAGGAUUUACCAUGAACCCAAGUACCUAGAGAAGUGUUUGCUUAUGAGACAAAUCACAGGAUUUUUUUCUUUUUUUCUAAAAAGAUACCCGUUUUUCUUUACCACAAACUAUGUGCUGUUUAGCCUCAACUUUUACAAUCGUACAGGAUUUCUCUCCAUUACUUUUAUUGUUGUGAAGGAUAGGUUCCUGUUACAAAACUGAAGGUCACACACUUCAUCACUUCUGGUAGCUGACAUCAUCACGCCAUCUCCCCCACCUCCUCCUUCUGUGUCACCCUCUCCUCCCCCUCUACUUUCAAUUCCCCCAUCUUCUUCCCACACUGCCAGGUCAAGCAUGCUCCCCAUUCCUCUUUCCCCCGCUUCAGGCGUUCUGAGUACUUGUCUUGCCCAUUGCACCCCGUGGACUCUGUGUUCCUCCCAUGGCAUGCACAGUCUGCAGUAAUCUUGCACCACAUCAGCUUCUCUGUAAACCAGAGAUCUGCCAUGCCAUGCUUGAUGUUGUUGCUGAAGGCUGGGAAACACACAGAAGUCCUUGCACCAGUCUAUGGAAAAAGUGUCAUGGAGGUCUGCAUAUUCUUCCUUUGUGCUAUGAUAUCUGUCCCAGGUAUUGCUGCCAGUGUGCAUCAGGUGAAGGCAUUUCUCAAUCACACUGCAUACCUAUCCUGCUAUUUUCCAAACUCUCAGAAAAUUGACAUGAGGGACUUAAUAGUUUUUUGGCAAAAAGGCUCUCAUAGAGUGGUGCACGAAGUAUACUACGGUGAAGAAAAACCUGAUCACCUUAGUCCUGAGUAUAUAAAUCGCACCAAGGUGGAUAUGGACAAAUGGACCUUGCAGUUGUUAAAUGCAGGAGUUAAGGAUGAGGGACACUAUGAGUGUAUCGUACAGCACAAAAAGGAAGGACCGCCAAAGGUCAUACACACAUCUGAGUGUUCACUGCUCAUCACUGCCAACUACAGUCAACCUGAGAUAGCACAACUGCACACUGGGGAACUAAAGCCCAAUGGAUACUUGAAUCUUUCCUGUUCAUCCAUUGGAGGUUAUCCAGAGCCCAAGGAGAUGACUUGGCUAAUUUCAUAUGAAAACACAACAUACAAGCAUAUGCCUCCCAUGGACGUCUCACAGGAUGCUGUAACAAAGCUGUACAAUGUUACUAGCAAGCUGAAUAUCCUGGUUCCUACAAACAGCCUCACUAAUAUUAGCUGCUUGCUUCACCUCAGAGAGCAGCUGGGAAUCCUUGUCUCAGCGCCACUGCAUAUUGAGAUACAGGAGGAAGAAGUGGAACAAGUAAAUACAAAUUUCUCUGGCCCGCUUAUAGCUGUGGUUGUACUGGUCGCACUUCUUCUGAGUUUUGUGAUAUUGAAGAAGAUCAGAAAUAUCUUGUCUACCAACCAGAGUGUCAGUCUAGCAGUCUAGAAGCUAUCCAUCUUGAAACUGAGGCCAUCAGCCAGACUACUGACAGAGACCUGCCUCAGCACACAGCAGGACCUGAGGUCCUAUGUUUUUAGAGUCUCUGCCAGAACGAGAAUCCUCCACAGAUGCCCUACAGAACAACAUGCAACAUUUUGUCUAAUUGCUGAAACCUACUGCCCAGUGUUCUCUGUUUUUAUUUUUGCUCCAGGAUGGUAGUAAAUAUGAUGCUCUGCCUCUCUGCGUGACUACAUUUUUGAUGUAUCUUUUAUUGCACUCUUUGAAAAUGUAAAAUCCUGACAGUGAAUGAAGAAAGCAGAGCUGCAUAGGUUAUAGAAUGUCUCAGAAAGAGAAGGAGUUGGGCCACAAUCUGUGAAUCAUAACCAUUGCUGCAAACAGGCAGGCUAUUAGUCACAGAAUCACAGAAUGGCUUGGGUUGGAAGGGACCUUAAAGAUCAGCUAGUUCCACUCCCCUGCCUAAUCAUGAGGCACAAAUGCUUUUGGCAGAGCCAAUGUGGCUCUGUGUACCAGUAACUUUCUUGUAAAGCUUCACGCCAGUAAGAGGAACUUCAGGGCAUUUCCCCACCUUCUGAGAAAAGUCGUGCAAUUCCUAUCAGGCAUUUGAAACUAGAAAUAAUCUGAAGGCAAUACCUGCUUUAAACAUAAUUUCUGAUUAUCCUAAUUUUUUUUAAUAUCAUCCAAGCUUUAUGUGCCCAGACAGUUAGUACUUCCAUGCUUUGUUCUUCCGUAUUCUGACCGAAUGCCGUAGUAGUUGUUCAGGUGGAUGCAGGGAUAGAAAAUGAAAGCAUGAGGUAUCAUUCAUACAUGUGUAUAUCUAAACAUACAAAAUUAGGCUGAGCAGAUAAUGAAAAAAUAUUACAUGAGUAGGUCAUGUUCCAAUUUGGUUGACUAUGUUCUCCCCUUGUUAAUUUUGCUUCAAAACUGAAGAUAGAGCAAUCUAUACACUGUAGUAAGUUCAGCUGUAGGAGAUAGUUUUACCUUUCAGAAAAGAUUCUUUUUCGCUCAGAAUGUGCCAGCUUUCCAAUCCUGAAUGACCUCUGCACCUUAUAUUCUUCAACAGCACUGACAUCUUUCAGGAGCAAGAACACAGCAGAACUGAGACAAAAUUCUUCUGAGGUCUUGAUUGUGUUUGUAGGUCUGGCAUUUUCAGAAAGAGCAGGGACACAGGCAUCAUAUUCUCAAGACAAAUUUCAGCUCAGAGUUGCAAUUUGGAGACAUAAAUUCUCUACAGUUUCUCGUGCAUGCAAAUAUUCUUUUCUGUUAAAUGGUAUUGUGAGUUGCUAGAUUCCACCUCAGUUUUUACGCUUUUUUCAAGCGUGUCAGAGAAAUGCAUGGUCUUUUGAGUUACCUGAACUAUUUGGGAGUCAGUUUAUUAAGCUAUUACACUAACAUUCCAAAUAUUUUCAUUCAGAUUCAUAUCAUUCAAAUGUUAUUAAAAGUUAAAGGUUUUAUUUUUAUGUAAAAGUUUAUACUUGCUAGCAAACUUAUUUAAUGAUUUAUUAAAACAUAUGUCUUUUUCUGUGUUGCUGGUUUUAUUCUCCUGCCAUUAAAGCAGUAUAUUGGGGAAUACUGACAUUUGGUGUUCUCAGGGAGGAAACAUUUCCAGAAUUACUUCUUGAAAACAAAUGAAUAAAAUAAGUAUUGAUGAAAUGACCAAGAAUGGCACAACUGGAGGUUUUCAUAUGUUCAUCCGUGGAGCCGCCUCUAUGUGCACAGAUGUGUGUGUACAUACCUCUUUGAUCUACUGACCUAUACACCUCAAAGAUGAGAUACAAAUCUGCAGUCUGAAAAUUUUUGAUUCUAUGUUGGAGGUUGUCAGAUAUAUCUCCAGUGGGUCACAUAAUCUUCUCUAACUCUUGAUGCCAUUUGGUUCCUUAAUUAGUGCAUGCGUUAAACAGUCAGGUAUACUAAAUCAGAUAGACACUCACUAGAUUUGUGUUGUCUCUCCUGCUUUUUUUGACACAUGCUGUAAUUCAGUUCAUUUUUUUUCAACAUUUUCCUUUCCCACUCAAGUCAUCCACCUAAAAUCCUCACUAACACUGAGGUUGUCAGAACAAAUAGUCAAACCUUACUUUGUUCCUACCCAAACAACGAGCCCUGGGGGACUUUUGUCUUCCAUAUGACUAGAUUCACACAUGUACACAUAUGUUGUUGUAUUCACAGUCUUGGAACUCUCCUGCUGGUCCCCACAUUCUGAUAUGCUGCUUGUCUGGUCAGCUUUAUGCACUGAGGGAAAAAAAACAUCACCAACCUUUCAUGUUUUUCUAUAGGAGAAAAACAAUAGUCAGUUCCUCCACAAUGGACAAGGGAUCUGGAUUCCAUUUUAGGACUCAAGAGUCCUAUAGCACAUUCACUUAGCAGAAAAAAAUAAUUCCGAGCACUUGGCAAUUCAACAGUUUUUGCAACAUGCCUUAGUACCUCUGAGGGAGCUUUUCACCCUGAUACAGUAUUUGCUGUCACUGUCUGUAGCUGCAGCUAGUUGGAAAAAGUGACAUGGUGAGUUAGGUUUAUCCUUUGACAAUUCCCUUCCAUCAUUAAUUUGUUCCUAAUUGGUGAAGUUGUUUGUUUUCCUCCUUGCCAUCCAUCUACUUUAGGCUGCCAACCUUCUUCUAUUACCUGCUUAAUUUCUCUACCUCCUCUUAUUCUUGCUCUUAAAAUCAACUCUAAUUCCCUCCUGCAGUUAAAGACAUUUAAGGGGAAAAAAGCAGAUGGGCUUCAGGGAAAAAUCUUAGUUUGUCUCUUUCUGUUCAAAUGCAUUAAUCCUCUGCACUAGCAGGUGUAUUGAGCACAGUGGCAAGGUACAGGAAAAGCAUGGCUGAUGUGCUGGUAUUUUUGUCCUCUAUACAGCUACAUUCAGAUUUCCAGGCUCUCUCCUCACACACUUCACUUUUUUCUUUGGCAGCGUACUUUCAGUCAUUCAGUGACUCUAUAAACAUGGC